CCCAAUUCCUUCUUUCCCCUCCUACCACCCAGCAAGAAAACAAACAACCAUGUCCAUCACUACUCCCAUUCGUACCAGCUUCCAGGCCUCCUCGGUCGCAUUCGGCUUCUGGCUCACGCUUCCCAGCUCCGCCGUCGCCAAAACAAUCCUCCACGGGGCAUCCGGAUCAUCGACGAAGUUUAGCUGGGUGUUGGUUGAUGCUGAACAUGGAUUGAUUUCGGAUUAUCAUUAUUAUGACUUAAACAACGCCAUCGGCUCCGAAAACGCCAGCCCGAUUAUCCGUGUCCCUUAUGCAGAGGAAUGGAUGAUUAAGCGGGCGUUGGAUGCGGGCGCGCAUGGGAUUAUGACGCCGAUGUGUCAUACUGAGGCCGACGCCGCCAACAUCGUCAAAUACACCAAAUACCCACCCGUCGGGACCCGCGGGUACGGACCCAUGUUCGCGCCUCACUCGAUGCGAGACGUCAACCCGGGCCCCGACUACGACGAUAAGAUCAACGAUGGCGUGACGGUAUGUGUUCAGAUCGAAUCGCGGUCUGGUGUGGAAAAUGUGGAGAAGAUCGCUGCUGUGGAUGGGAUUGAUGUGUUGUUCAUUGGACCUUUUGAUCUUGCCAAGCAGAUGGGUGUGACUCGUGGAGGGGAGGAGCAUGAGGCUGCUAUUGCUCGGAUCUUGGCUGCUGCGAAGAAGGCGGGGAAGGUGGCUGCUAUUUUUUUCUUCCACAUGACAUCCAUCAGGACGUUUCUGCAAAGCAGCAAGGCCGAAUGCGAGGAGGCGACCGAAGUCUGCCAUGGGCGAUUCCAACCACGCCAUGAUUCGGAAUCAAUCGAUCCGGCUCUGCUCAGAGUCCGCCAGUCCAGCUUUGCAGAACCUUUGGAUCCUCAACUACUACUUUCUACGACCUACAACCUACCGUCUGACGAGGAACCUGGAAACCCGCCGAUAUCAGAUUGGCUCCUGAAUGAUCUGGACUUCCAGGACUCGCCAAUUGCCACAUUCAAUUUCCAGGAACAGCAUAAAAUACUGAACGACCUUGGCAACUACCCCGCUGACCCUGUGACUCUGCCUCGCCAGCUUCCACGACGUAGAAGUCGUUACCUGACACGAAAUCAAAGACGUGCUAGUCCGAUUGUUAUCCCCAAUGCAACCCUUGAUCCUAUGGAACGAUGGCGCAAUUCUCCACCAGAAGAGGAAUCUGCUUUGAUUCCAGACAUCAUAGAUGCGUUGAAAGCUGCACCAACCCAGCAUGGAUCACGCAGCAAUGCAUUUCGUCAAUAUAGACGAGCGGCCUCGACGACCAGCGGUGAAUCCAGUGCAUCCUCUAGAGACUCCCAGCAAUCCGCACGCUCUAGCUCGUCUGCUCAGGACCAAUUGGCCGUCCAAGGGCGUCGACACCGGAUACGAGCAAAAAGGAACCCACAACGGCGCCACCGAGUCAAGGAGGAGCGGAGAUACUGCUGUACCUUUUGCUGCGAUCGAUUCAAAAGCAAGUACGACUGGGCAAGACAUGAAAAGUCUCUUCAUGUGACAUUAGAAGCGUGGUACUGUGCUCCGUUUGGAGCAACGAUACAAUCCUCUACGGCGCAAGAAGUACUCUGUGCGUUCUGUGGUGCUACCGAUCCAGACGCGGAUCAUCUCUUCGAGCACGCAGCUGAUGCCUGCGAAAGCGAGUCGGGCACUCGCCGUUCCUUUCGCCGCAAAGACCACCUCGUCCAGCAUCUGCGGCUGGUACAUAACGUCACGUCGCCAGAUAUCGAUGAUUGGAAAAUUGGGCAAUCUGCUAUUUCGUCCCGCUGUGGCAUCUGCGAUCAGGCACUGAAUACCUGGGAGCAACGGGUCGAUCAUCUGGCGGAGCACUUUCGGACUGGGUCGACGAUGGCAGACUGGCGAGGCGAGCACGAGUUUCCCCCGGACUUUGCAGCCCAAGUGGUGAAUGCCUUGCCUCCGUACCUGAUCGGGUCGGAAUCCCACAGCGUCAUUCCUUUUUCCGCUACGAACCGUGAUGCCCAAGAUCACUUUGCACAGAUUUCCUCCAGAGCACGCUGGGACUCAACUGAGAAAGAGGCCAAUUCGAUAGCGACGCCUGUAGCUCCCAUGCCCCCGCCACUGCAGACUAUUGCGCCCGGCGUGGCCCCGGAGCAGCUCAGUUCGUUUACCCAGGUGCUCACGCUGCAUCUGAGUCGGUUUGCGCAGGAACAAAUGAAGAAGGGGGUAAUUCCGAGCGACGAGAUGUUCCAGCAGGAGUCGCGACGUCUGCUGUAUGACUCGGAGGACACGUGGAAUCAGACCAUUGCGGAUAAUCCGGAGUGGAUGUCUGCGUUCAGGGGACUGCAUCGUGACAACACCGGUUCACUGCCCUGAAUCGUCAGGGGACCUGUAGCGCGACAUGCCUUGCUCCACACAAGCGUACCCUUCAAUUGUGUUUCACCAGCUUCAGUAACUUUGAUGUUACCGUUGCGGAUUUUGUAAAAUUCGAUGCGUACAGGAUGCGGCCGAGAGACGACACGGGGGUUGGGAUGUAUGGACGAUUGGGCAUCACGGGCGGCAUCGUUAUAUUUAUUAGAUGCUUGAUGCUGUAUAAGAUUAUAAGUUUAUCCAAUUUCGGCUUUGAGUAGACCGAGGAUCGGUGUUGGAUGGAUUGUUGAACGGAGGGAAGGACUGCAGACACGGUGAAG